CAUUAUCACAGCAUGCAAAAAUUAAUGAUCACUCCUUUGAUUUUAAUAAUGUAAAAAUUUUAAAUGAAGAAAAGAAUUGGUUUAAACGAACAUUUAAAGAAAUGGUUUUUAUCAAGAGAAUAAAAGAUUCUGUGAAUACUCGCACCGAUAUUGGUAGUUUGAGUUCGGUGUAUUUUAACUUAAUUAGUAAGGUUAAUGUAAAUAAUUUUAUUGCGCGGUAGUUCGUGUUUCGUUUUGAAUCGGGUGUUUAGUAUGUCUCACACGUUUUAAUGCAGUCUGUCUUGCCUGAUGCUUUUGUUUAUACUGAUACGUCUUGUUUGAUGUGGUUUUAAUGCUAUCCUGAGAAUGCCAUUUUAUUGUGUGAACAUUUAUUUGAUGAUUUCGAUGUAUUCGAAUGAUUUAUAACCAUUAUUCAUGGGCCUGAUGAAGGAGCUAAAUGCUCAGAAACGUUGCCAUUGAAUAAAUUGUAUACAACUGUUUCUUGUGACUGAUAUUCCUCACCAUCGGAAUAAUGAUAUCUCUUCCGGAUGUUAUGUAGAUAUUAUCAGACAGGAGUUCAUUACACAAAGAGCACUUAUUUCUUGGCGUUCUAUCAUUCCAAGAUAUAUUGCUCAACAUUUUCUAUCCACUUCGUGUAUUCACAGAAUCUGGAAGAAUAUGACAUUCCAAGAAGCAAAUACACAAAUGGAAUUAUCUCAAUAUUCAGUUUGGACGUAUCCUAUAUCAGGAAGAUACACUUCGAUAUGGACUUCAAUGAUGGCAGCAGGUUUACCUAGAACAAUGGACGAGGUACUAGCAAGGAUAAGAAAAUCCACGUCGCCAACAGAUGGGUUCGUUUUUAUUGGUGACGCGACAGAUUGCAGGUAUUUGGAACUCACGAAUUGCGAUCUGCAAACUAUUGGGGAAGAAUUUUCCAGCAAGCCUUAUGCGAUCGUGGUACCCCAAGGAUCCCCUUUGAAAAAGCGUCUAGAUUUUGCCAUUAUGCAGUUGAUGAAUAAUCGCGUUCUGGAGAAACUAGAAACAAAAUGGUGGAGAAAUAAUCCAGCAAUAAAAAAAUGUGGAGAAGCAGAAAAUCAAUUUGACGGAAUAGGAUUGAGGGAUAUUGGGGGAGUCUUUAUUUUGAUACUAUUGGGUAUCGGAGGAGCGACGAUCAUAUUAACGAUCGAAUUCUGUUCGUUUAGACAUAUAAAACGAAGCAUAGCCCUGAGAAACAAAUUGGAACGUGAUAAUAACUGAUCUAAUAAAGCACAGUUGAACAAAUGAUAUAACAUUAGAGCUAUACCAGAGCAAUGGGCUUAGUUAUGAAGAGAGUUUCAUGCCUGAGAUAAAUAUACAGAAAAACAGUACGCACACAAAUUUCUUGAAUUCUGAAAAAGUACCUACAUGAGCGUGGGCGGGACUCAAACCCACUAAAUCCUAGUUGGUCCAGUGCUUUGCCACGAAGCCAAAGAUUCCUUAUUUCACCUACGAACUGCGGC